AUGCCGAAUACCCCCCCGCCGGCGCUGCUGCCCCCGCCAGAGGGCAUCUUCCGGACCUUUGACGACCUGAUGGCGUCGGUGCAGCGCGUGGCUAAGGACCAGGGCUACGGCAUCGUCAAGCUCCGCGCCUCCAACUAUCGCGACGGCAAGCCCACCCGCUACGACCUCGUCUGCGACCGCGGCGGCGUCAAGUACAACAGCACCGCCAAGAAGCGCAACCCGUCCACGCGCAAGAUCGACUGUCCCUUCCGCGCAAAGGCCGUCUGCGAGGUCCAGCUGGGAAACCAAUGGCGCUUCGCCCUGCAGGAACCGAGACACAACCACGAGCCGCGCGUCCCCUCCGGCACCCCCGGCCAGGAGAACGCUCCCUUGGCGACCUCGAUCCGGUCCUUCACCAACAAGCUGGACCGUCUGAGCCACGAUAUGGCUCAGGGCCUGAUGCGGAUCGAGCAGCGCCUGGACAACAUUGAGAAGCGCAUGGAGAAUAUCGAGGCCCGCGCCGGCGGCUACGAGCCUCGCUUCCAGGCGAUAGAACAGCGGCUGCAAGGCAUGGAGGGCCCACGCAUGGACGGCAUGGGCAUGGACGAUGUCGAAUCGCGCCUGUUGGCUUCUACGGUCAUGUAG